AUGGGUGAAGUUUCCAAAGCUGUCGCUCAGGAUCACGUCACUUUUUGGACCAUAUCAUCCCUGGACCCUGAGCUCUCCAUUGGGGCACAGAACUGUUACGGAAAUCUAGGCUGUUUCCCAGUUGGAGAACCAUGGUCUGGGACAAUUCAAAGACCCUUUCCAGCAACCCCCUGGCCUCCCAAGAAGAUAGGCACCCGUUUCUUCCUCUUCACACAGGAAAACCUCGACCAGCAUCAGGUCAUCAGCGCAUACAAUACCACAAGCAUUGUAACUUCAUUCUUCAAAACUACCAGGAAGACCUGUUUUAUUAUCCAUGGAAUGGCAGACAAAGCAGAGGACAACUGGGUUCCCACGUUGUGCAGGGCAAUCUUAUAUAUUGAAGAUAUAAACUGCAUAGCAGUCGACUGGCGUAAUGGCUCAGGAGAUCUAUACAUUUACCCACAGGCUGCAAAUAAUGUGCGUGUUGUUGGAGCAGAGAUAGCUUACCUGCUAACAGUGAUCCAGGAGAAAAUUAACUCUUCAUACCCCCCUUCCAGUGUUUAUUUAAUUGGACACAGUCUUGGUGCACAGGUGGCUGGAGAAACUGGAAAAAGGUUCAAAGGCAUUGGGAGAAUUACAGCCCUUGACCCAGCCGGACCGUACUUUGAGGACACCCCUGCUGAGGUCUGCGUCGAGGUCUCAGAUGCAGGCUUAGUUGAUGUGGUCCAUACAGAUUCUGAUCUGUUAACGGGUUUGGGAGUCAAAAAGCCAGUUGGACACUAUGAUUAUUUUCCAAAUGGAGGAAAGGACAUGCCAGGUUGUCCAAGCAAGGUCAUCGCCCUACUCAAUAUUACUGAUUUAAGAGAUGCAGCAGGGUGCGAUCACUCCCGAGUUCUCUACUAUUUCAAGGAAUCUGUCCGAAAUCCUGAUGGCUUUCUCGCCUUUCCUUGUGACAGCUAUGAUUCCUUCAACUCAAGUUCCUGCUUCCCAUGCCCAGCCUCCGGAUGCCCUUACAUGGGGUAUUUUGCAGAUCUGUCGCAUGGUGACAUCACGAAAAACCACCAAACUUUCUAUUUCAACACUGGAGGGGACCUAUCCAGCCUUCCAAGAUGGAGAUAUAAACUUUCUUUUACUUUACGUGGAAGAAAUUUCAUUUUCGGAUUAAUCUACAUUUAUAUUUUUGCCACCGGUGGCCAGUUUGAGACAACUAUGAGUGGAUUUUUCUCGCCUGGCAGCUCAUAUUCAAGAUUAGAGGACGUAGAAUUUGAAUUCGGAAUAAUUACUCAAGUGGCCUUCAAGUGGUCUCCCACUCUGCCAAACCUCUUUUCACAAGAGCUAGGUGCAGAGAAAAUGCAUGUACAAAGAGGAAAAGAUGGAGUCAUGUCUUCUUUCUGCUCAGAGGGUACUGUGAUUGACGAUAUUAUGCAGACACUUGGGCCUUGUUUAGCAUGAAAUGCACAGUCUUCAUGUCCCAGACAUUGAUGAGUGUUCGUUUAUUAAAUUUGAAUUUGAGCCAA